CCCCUCCCUUUCCGCACUUCAUCCGCUGGAUGUCUGUCACCGCACACGGUGGCGGCGGUGGCGACUCACAGUCAGGUUCAACACCGACCCACGAGGCAACUCAUCCGGGUUCGCUCUUGCCUCCGUCCCACCGAAAUGCACCGGGAAGCGGUCGCCGUCGUUGUCCCUUUGCUUUAACCGGAGGCGACUCACACACGGUUGGGAGACAGUUCAAAAGCCAGGACCACCAGCAUUACCUUGGACAUUAAGAGCUAUUUUUUAAGGAUAUUUUUUUGAGGUGUGUAUGACUUGAGCCCUCACGUCAUGGCGAGUGACUCCCCGGCUCGGAGUCUGGAUGAAAUCGACCUGUCUGCUUUGAGGGACCCCGCUGGAAUCUUUGAACUGGUAGAGCUGGUGGGAAACGGCACCUACGGCCAAGUGUACAAGGGUCGCCAUGUUAAAACGGGGCAGCUGGCGGCAAUCAAGGUCAUGGAUGUCACUGGUGACGAGGAAGAAGAGAUCAAAGCAGAAAUCAACAUGCUGAAAAAGUACAGCCACCACCGCAACAUUGCUACCUACUACGGCGCGUUCAUCAAGAAGAACCCGCCAGGAAUGGACGACCAGCUAUGGCUGGUCAUGGAGUUCUGCGGCGCCGGCUCGGUGACAGAUCUGAUCAAGAACACGAAGGGGAACUCUCUGAAAGAAGAGUGGACGGCUUACAUCUGCCGAGAGAUUCUCAGGGGCCUGACUCAUCUCCAUCAGCACAAGGUCAUCCACCGAGACAUCAAGGGGCAAAACGUCCUGCUGACGGAGAAUGCCGAAGUCAAACUAGUGGACUUUGGCGUUUCGGCCCAGUUGGACCGCACGGUGGGAAGGAGGAAUACGUUUAUCGGGACGCCAUAUUGGAUGGCCCCAGAGGUGAUCGCCUGCGACGAGAAUCCCGACGCGACGUACGACUUCAAGAGCGAUUUAUGGUCACUGGGCAUCACGGCUAUCGAGAUGGCUGAAGGAGCACCACCGCUGUGUGACAUGCAUCCCAUGAGAGCCCUCUUCCUCAUCCCGCGAAACCCUGCGCCAAGACUCAAGUCAAAGAAAUGGUCAAAAAAGUUCCAGCUGUUCAUUGAGAGCUGCCUGGUAAAGAGCCACGGACAGAGACCCAGCACAGAGCAGCUCCUCAAGCACCCUUUCAUCAGGGACCUCCCCAACGAGAGGCAGGUCCGCAUCCAGCUCAAAGACCACAUCGAUCGCACUAAGAAGAAGCGAGGUGAAAGGGACGACACCGAGUACGAAUACAGUGGCAGCGAAGAAGAAGACGAGGAACGAGACACGGGUGAACCCAGCUCCAUCAUCAACAUCCCCGGCGAGUCAACCCUGCGGCGUGACUUCCUGCGCCUGCAGUUGGCCAAUAAGGAGCGAUCGGAGGCGCAGCGGCGGCAGCAGCUGGAGCAGCAGCAGAACGAGGAGCACAAGCGCCUGCUGCUGGCUGAGAGGCAGAAGCGCAUCGAGGAGCAGAAGGAGCAGCGGCGGCGCCUAGAGGAGCAGCAACAGCGCGAGCGUGAGCUAAGGAAGCAGCACGAAAGGGAACAGAGAAGGCGCUACGAGGAAAUGGAGCAGCUCCGCAGAGAGGAGGAGCGGCGGCACGCUGAAAGAGAACAGGAGUAUAUCCGUAGGCAGCUGGAAGAGGAGCAAAGACAGUUAGAGAUUCUCCAACAACAGCUUCUACAGGAGCAAGCGCUUCUGAUGGAGUACAAACGCAAGCAGGUGGAGGAGCAGCGGCAGGCCGAACGUCUGCAGAGGCAACUCCAGCAGGAGAGGGCCUACCUAGUGUCUCUACAGCAACAGCAGCAGGAGGGACGGCAGGCAGAGAAGAAACAGCUUUACCAUUACAAAGAUCUCGUUAAUCCCAAUGACAAGCCGACCUGGGCUAAAGAGGUGCCGCAGCAAGCUCAAGUUCAACGCAGUAACCCGCCUCGCUCUAACCUGCGCCAUCACCAGUCAUUCAACCAUCCGCCAUCGUCCUCGUCCCAGGCCUCACAUGGCCAGCCCCGAGCUCAGACCCCUAGACGUACGCCAUCCAUCGGUGCCCAGAUUCUCUCCGGCCACGUCCCUCAGAUCCGCAUUGCGCUAGACCCUGGCGAGCCCCUCGACCCAGGGCUAAAGCAAGAGAUAAGUCAGCAGGUCCGAGAGUUGAGAGCUCAGAAACGCAGUCAGAGGAAGCGGAGCCCGACCGCUGUCAAGGAAGACAGUAAGGCAGCUCGUAAGGAGCUUGCUAACACUGAGAAUGAAUCUUCCGGUCAUGUGCCGGUCAGACAGUCGAACCAUGCAGCUGACCCUCGAGACCAUCGUAAAGACAAGUCCCCAGGCAGGCCCCUUUCUGCACCCAAUCACGCCGAUGUCUCCCAAGUUGUUAGUAAGGGCUCCACGCAGGUCCAAAAACUGGUGGAGGAGAGGUCUAAGAUGAACAGACAGAGUUCUCCAGCACAGCAGCCCAAAGUGUCUAACCGGAUCUCCGACCCUUCCCUCCCUUCCCGAUCCGAGUCCUUCAGCAGCAGCGGGGGCAUGCAAGCCACCCGAACUCCACCUGUCCAUCGUCCCAUCGAACCCCAGAUGGCCCACCUUGUUCCAGUCAAGACGCACUCCAGCUCCAUGUCGGGUUCUCAAUCCCUGCAAGAGCAGACGGUAUCUGCUCUGGGCGAGGGCGCGGGCUCACCCAGGUCCGACAUUCCGCGGCAGAACUCUGACCCGACUCCCGACACUCAAACACCGCCACUGCGCAUCGCUGACAGGGAUCGGGAGAGGUCCACAUGGCAGAGAGAGGAAGACCUGCUACCCAAGGUCAGAGAGUCCCAAUCGAUCCCCCAGAGGACUGCACCCAUUUCUCCAGCUUUGGUCAGAAAAAAUUCCCCCAACGGAGGCGUCUGUUUGGGACCUCGCACGGGUACUCAGCUCAUACGAGCAAGUAAUCCAGACCUACAGCGUUCCGAGCUGUCUCUUGAUGCCAUGUUGCAACGAACUUCCUCCAACUCGUCUUCGUCCUCAUCACCCUCGUCUCAGGGAGGCUCGGUUGAAAGAAGAGGUCAGAACAGACAGGAAGCAUCACCGUUGGGAGCCAAUCCGGAGGCCAAAUCCAAGCAGGAGGAGGGCCGUGAAUCGAGCAGACCCAGCAGGCCUGCAAGUUAUAAGAAAGCCAUAGAUGAGGACCUCAGUGCUUUGGCGAAGGAACUACGGGAGUUGAGGGUCGAGGAGGGGAGCCGGCCUCCAGUCAAGGUGACUGAUUAUUCGUCCUCCAGCGAGGAGUCUGAGAGCAGCGACGAGGAUGGCGAAACUGUGGGGAAUGAUGGAACUGUGGCCGUGAGCGACAUCCCUCGCAUCAUGCCGGCGGUGCAAAGCAGCAGCGAGUCAUACAAAGGACUGAGCGAGGACUCCCUGGGAGAGCCCUACAGUAACUCCAAGGACGGCACGCUGGUCAUGAGAGAGGCUGAGGAGAAGAGGCGAGGCGGCCACGCCGACAGCAACGGCUUCGGGAAUCACAGUAACCACGGCAACCUGCCCGACCUGGUGCGGCAGAGCAACUCGCCCACGGCCGUGCCCUCCGCCCUGCAGGAGUUGGGCGACAUGCCCGAGUUUGGUCUCGGCGGCUCCAAGGCGUCCUUCACCCCAUUCGUCGACCCCCGUGUCUAUCAAACAUCUCCUAACGAUGAAAAUGAGAACUCUGCAGCUGCCAUGUUCGCCAACGAGCUGUUAAGGCAGGAACAGGCGCGACUCAAUGAGGCCAGAAAGAUCUCUGUGGUCAAUGUGAACCCCACCAACAUCCGACCGCAUAGUGACACGCCCGAGAUCCGCAAGUACAAGAAGCGUUUCAACUCGGAAAUCCUUUGCGCCGCGCUCUGGGGCGUGAAUCUACUGGUGGGAACAGAGAACGGCCUCAUGCUGUUGGACCGAAGCGGUCAGGGAAAAGUUUACAAUUUGAUCACCAGACGGCGUUUUCUCCAGAUGGAUGUCCUGGAGGGCCUAAAUGUGCUCGUCACUAUAUCUGGGAAAAAGAACAAGCUACGUGUCUACUACCUGUCUUGGUUAAGGAACCGAAUACUGCACAAUGAUCCCGAAGUGGAGAAGAAGCAAGGCUGGAUCACCGUCGGAGAGCUCGAAGGAUGCGUGCAUUAUAAAGUUGUGAAGUACGAGAGGAUUAAAUUUCUGGUGAUUGCGCUGAAGAACUCUGUAGAGAUCUACGCCUGGGCUCCCAAGCCGUACCACAAGUUCAUGGCCUUUAAGUCGUUCGCCGAACUGCAGCACCGUCCGCAGCUGGUGGACUUGACUGUGGAGGAAGGCCAAAGGUUGAAGGUUAUUUAUGGCUCCAGCGUUGGCUUCCACGUCAUCGACGUGGACUCGGGCAACCCGUACGACAUCUACAUCCCGUCCCACUGUGCCAAAGAGAGCAAGAUUCAGAGCCAGGUGACGCCGCACGCCAUCGUGGUGUUGCCCAAGACGGACGGCAUGGAGAUGCUGCUGUGCUACGAAGACGAGGGCGUCUACGUCAACACCUACGGCAGGAUCACCAAAGAUGUGGUGCUGCAGUGGGGGGAGAUGCCCACCUCUGUUGCCUACAUCCACUCCAAUCAAAUCAUGGGGUGGGGCGAGAAAGCCAUUGAGAUCCGCUCGGUGGAAACGGGUCACCUGGACGGAGUCUUCAUGCACAAGCGAGCACAGAGACUCAAGUUCCUGUGUGAGCGCAACGACAAGGUGUUCUUUGCAUCGGUGCGCUCAGGAGGCAGCAGCCAAGUGUUCUUCAUGACCCUAAACAGGAGCUCCAUGAUGAACUGGUGAUAGCCCCGCCCCCUUUGUCCAGCCUCAACUCCUCCCUCCUUUUUGCACACUUUUCCUCCUUCUCUUCCUGACCCUCACACGCCGCCCUCAUGACUUGAACCACUCCAGGGCAGCCGGUUGACCGCUUCACAGUCUUCCUCCUCUUCCCACCCAUUGAAAAGAUGUCAUCCGAGUCCCUUUAAGAAACAAAUGGCACACUUCCGCUCCUCCUCACUCGCUCUCCUCUUGGUCAUCCUUUCACUCUUUAAAGGUGCUGCAUCAAAUCUCAGCUGUCAAUCAACAAAGUGCGUCUGUGAAACUUUACAUCAUAUGCCUGUACCCAAAACAAUUGUAAGAGUGAAUUUCAUUGGUUAAGUUACCAGUUAAGAAGAAUUUUAGGAAAGACGCUCCGCAAUACAAUGAUUUACUCAUUGACUAUGAUAGACGUCCAAUCCAUUUUAACUGGAAGGGCUUAGAGCGAUCCCAGUCAAAAUGGAGGGAAUGUCCAUCACUGUCAGUGGCAGCUAAUGAGACAAAGGGACAGACAAUAUCUAGUAUAAAUGGACUUUUAUGUGAAAGACUUUUGCUCAAAGUAUUUAAGAAUGCAAAUUUAUUUGACCCUCUGAUAAUGGAGAAAAUAAUUAUAGUUGUCCGAUAAUGACUUUUUAACCGAUAUUCCGAUAUUGUCAACCUACAAAAAUCCGAUACCGAUAUAUACGGUCGUGGACUUAACAUAUUAUGGCUAAUUGUAUCGUGAUGCUCCACUCGAUGCUUUACUAAUGAUAAAUGUAACAACUUCAAGGUUUUCCAAAUAAACAUUCUGUGAAAAACAAGAGAACAACUUCAACUGAAGUUAUGGAAAAAUAGCCUACAUAUUGCACACUAUAUUUAUUGUUGAAAUCAAUAUAGUGCAAACAUCAGUUUUUUUGGAUCAAGUGCAAAGUGCUAAUAAGGCACAUAUUCUGUAUGGGUCAACAGAUGCAAACAAACCGGGUUAGACGCUGGAGUAACGUUAAAUUGGCUUUACUGUGGUCAUCUUUGUUUUGACAAGCGCACUGAUACUUUUUUGUAAAACUGAAAACAACAAAACAUUGUGUCAAUAAUACGAAAUAAAGUCACAAAAUAAAGCAAAGUAUACACCAAGUGUCAAUUUGAAUAUCAGCUGGUAGUACAGUUUGCAAGGAAUGAAGUAUGUACGGUAACCAAAUUUUACAACAAAUGCAAACAAAACGAAAUAUACGCAUCUCCAAUAUACUACACAACGCUCAUAAAUAUAAAACAAAGAAAGAAUAUAACUUACAAGCGAUGCUUGUAUAAGGAACAAAGAACGUGAUGAAAUGGCAAGAGCUGCUAUGGUACACUGGCUGCAGACGUUAGCUGGUCCAUUUCGCUCUCUCUUUUUGCGAUGAGCUUGCGUCGACACAGUGUUGUUAGUCUUUUGGACAAAAAUACUUAUUAGUCAUAUCUUAGUUAUUCCAAAAUGUGUUCAUCUUUGUUUAGUUUCAGUCAACGAAAACUCAAAUUUUGUCUAGUUUUAGUCAACAAUUCUCAAAAUGUUUUUGUCUAUAAACGUCGAAAGUUUUAGUCAAUGAAUAAAAUGUUUCCGACAGUUUCCAAUUUACAUCGACAGACGACCACAUAAUUGUAGUCUCCAAAGACAUCAACAUCUUCAUGAUGUUAAUACACACUCAACAGGAAAGAAGCACAUUAUUUGCAAUUAAUUAAACUCACCUGGACACCAUGAACUAUAUGUAAAAAGUUUUGCAAGAGUUUAAGAAGACACUCACCGAAUCACCAUGCCAAAUGCUAAUGCUAACGCAAACGUUAUGCUAACGCUACAAGUUAGUUUAGUGUGUGAUGAUCACCCAGCACAAACCUUUAAAGGCUAAAGCAACAUGGCAUAGCCAAGAUAAGAAAAACACUUAACAAGCAGCACCUGACACGUUUCACAAAAGGAGCCAUAAAUUGGCACACGUUUAAGCCUGUGUCUGGGGAAAGGAGGGCGCAGCACGUCACGUGAGUGAUACGAUCAAACACUGCUAAAAUGUGUGCUAACUACACAUACGAUAAGAAAAUGUCACACAUUGUGAACUUAUGACGGAAACUAUGGCAAAUUUUCAUCUCCUUCUGAUCUCGUCAGAUGAUAACUGGCAUCCAUCUCGUUAAAUUUUAGUCAUCGCGAUGUCAUGAAAAAAAAUUGUUCGUUGACAAAAUAUUUUCGUUAUCAUUGUUGACGAAAACAACACUGCGACGUCAUAUGAUAACGUCAGCAGAAAGUGCUGGAGCUUAUCAAAACUAAUUACACCUAAGUGCCAGCAGGGGGCUGGCAAAACAUCAGAAACAAAAGCAGGCGAUAAGUGGACUGCCAUAUGCAUAUUGGCAGAAAACCGAUGUCGAUAUCAUCUGGACUAAUUUUAUCCCAAUAUCGGAAAACUCUAAUAUUUAAACACAUAAAAAAUGACAGUUUAAGAAUGCAGCCAUUUUGUGAUGUCAGUUAUACCCACGCACAUUACAGAGUUGAGCACAGGUGCGCGUGAAAUGAGUAUUAAUGAGGUCAUAAGGAAGGGUGGGCAAUCUGGGAUACUUUUAAUUCACUGAAAUAUCGCUUAUGAUGGCCAAUUCCUGGAAAUGCUGACUUUAAUUGAAGUUUUUCUCCAUUAUUACAGAAAGAGUAAAUGCCUUGUAUUUUCAAUUUAUGAAACAAGAUUCUUUAUGCUUGUAUGCACAUGAUAAAGGUUUUGUCUGUCCCUUUAUAGACUUAACUCAUAACCAAUCAGGGGUAAAAACUUUGCUUCAAUCGCAUGAUAAUAAAUUUUAUUAAAGUUAUAUUAAAGUAAAAGUACUUGUAACUGAAAGACUUAUGAAGAACAAGAAAUCGUCGGUCAAGAAAAUGACCAAACCUGAGAAACUGUGGCCACAUUUACAUGCAGCCAAUAACCCUUUCAAAGUGUUUUUUUGUUUGUUUGUUUGUUUGUUUGGGUUGUAACCAGUUUAAGCAAGGCCACGUCAAAAAACGUGAAUAUGCUAUGAAAUGAGAAAGAAAUAGGACGAGAAAGAAACUCAUUAUCAGUACUGUCUAAAACUUUUAUUGGUGGCGGAAAGUACAGGGGUAGUGAAAUUUAGCGACAAGUUAAGACCAAUUUAUACCGGAUGCGUGUGCGGUACGGAUCCACCAAGCUCUGUGUUGACUGCGUGCUCUGGAGUAUGUCAAAAAUGAGACAAAACAUACCGGUUGCGCACAACUGCGGUCCGGCGGCUGCGCCCCGUCGCGAGCGUCCCGUUCUGAUUUGGGAGACUUGACAGUUUAGACUGCAGCCACAUUCUGGAAAAAUGUGGCCCAGAUCGGAUUUGAACCACAUACAAAAGUGACCCAGAUCAGAUUUGAAAUGGUCCACUUUUAUACGACCUGUCCCAUACAGACCGUCAAAUUAAUGCCUCACUCGAGUCGGAAAAAAUCGGAUUUGGGCAUCAAGACCUGCGGUAUGAACCCUAACCUUUGUGACUUUCUACUUCCAUAAUGAAUCGUUCAUCUUCCAUGUUCGCUGGUGUUUAAACCAUGAAUAAGCACCUGGCAUGUUGAUUCCAGGCCUGGAUCCGCCCAUUUUGACAGAUGCGUCUCCGACAAAAAAACGAAAUAACCCAAACCAUCCGGCGGACUCCGGCAUGGCGGAGCUUGUCCGCAGUCAAUCCAUGGUGCAUGUGCCGGUAAGAUAUUCUGACGGUAUGAUAACCUUAAGCCAAAAUUUCACGGUACCACUGUAUUGCAAUUAAAGCUCUAAAAUGUGUUACUUUGAGAUAUCUGGGUUGCAUUUUAUCUCUAGUAUUUGUAAAUAAUUGCAGUUGCACAUCCAAUUUUGUUGUCAAGGCAAUACCAAAUAAAUACUCUUUGAUUCUAUAUUUUUUUGCUCUUGUGAUAAUUGAAAUGAUAAAAUAACAGCCUAAAUAAAUACUACUUACCGCAUAUCUCAAGUAGGCGUGUGCCGGUAUGAGAUUCUGACCGUAUGAUAACCUUAAGCGAAAAUAUCAUGUUUUCAUUGUAACAGGUUUUUUAUUUUUCAAAACAUAUUUUCAAAUUGGAACAUAAGUAUAAUGUUAAGUUAAAAAAAAAUAAUAAUCUAAAAUUAAAUAAAUGUAGUCCUUUAUGUAAGCCUAAACUCACAGCCACAGCUUAACAUUAUUACCAUCAGAACAAAAAUAAUUAUUUUCCAUAAAAAGCACGUGUGUAUGACUCGUAUCAUGUUUACAUUAUACACACACUGAGUCAGAGAGAAUAAAAAAACGUUUUACCACCGCUAGACACAGUAAACACGCUGGAGAUAACUGUCAUAGUUGGUGGGAAACGUUCAUGACCAUGUUUACUAACUUAUUUUUUAUAAAUGCGAAAUCACAUUGGAGGUAUUGCCUCCUCGGCAGCCACCCAUGUCAGUUGGCCUUUCUCCUCUAAGCCACGACCGUCUGUAACUUUUUUGUAGCCGAAGUAUUCCCGUACCGGCGAUUUUUUUUCUUUGAUGGGGGGAAAAAGUUUGGGAGUUUCACCUCCUCCAGCAAUCGUGUAGCACAGCUGACUCAUUGACACUGAGCAACAACCGGUAAGGGAGGGUUGAGCCUUACAGCUGCAAGCGAGGGCUUUCUCCAUGCAUUUUUGGAAAAUAAAAAAUUGCUAAUACCUAAGGGACGGUAUGACGGAAAAUUUUUGCGUUUUUGAAACUUUUUCAUACCACGGUGUAUAUUUUGUUUAUUGUCAUCAUCAUCGGUAUCCCUGACAGACCUUGAAACUGGUAAUCGGCACAUGCAUAGGCGGAGUUUCACUUUUGGGGCAUGGGGGGCACAACCUGUUGAUGACCCCGAAAUGCAGCGUCAGCAAUAAAAUUAACUUACAAGAAUAUGAAUAAUAAUAAGUUGAAAAUGAGCGUUUUUUUGUUUGUUUGUUUGUUUUCCAUCAUUCUUGAGGGGAAUUCUAAAUCAGGCUGCUGACAGGACAGCUAUACUUUUCACCAAGAUCAUCAUCCAUUGAAUAUGGUACGCCCGCCGGUGUCGUGCCAAUGUAGUUACCUUAGUCAAAAAUUGUAUCCCCUCGGCGCAGCUAUAUGGAGGUAGAUUUGUGUCUUUAUUAUUCAAUCAAAAAAAAGUUGCUUCAAUCAAAAAAAAAAAAAGUUGCUUCAAUCAAAAUAUAUAUUUUCAAUUAAAAAAAGUCACUUCAAUUUAAAAAAAUCUGUUUGAAUGCAAAAAUACAUUUGAAAUUAAAAAGAAUGCAUUUGAAAGCUAUUUUUAUUUGAUUUUUUGUUUUGUUUUGAUUGAAGUCAAUUGUUUUGAUCUUUUUUGGUUAAAGUAAUGUUGUGUUUGGGCCACAUUUUGGCAAGGACAUUUGUGUCAUUAUUAAUCAAUCAAAAAAUAA